CAGUGGUGGUAAGAUUGAUGCAUCUUCAAAAGUGAUCAAAGGCGACACUGUUGUCAACAUUAGGGACAGCAAAACUCAUAGGUUUGUUCAAGAUAGGAAAGCCCCCACUAAAAAUAACGAAAUGAGGGGAGUCUCUACCAGUAAGGGCGGUCAUCAACAACCCCAGUCAAAUGUAAAGUGUAAUUUUCCCAACGGCAAAGGUCCUAUAGUGAUGUCAGUACUUGAUAUAGGCAGAAAAGAUGUUUCUAAGAAAGAAAAAGGUCACAGCUACUCAUUGCUGAGUCUUCCUGCCACCCAAACUCACACUUCAAACAUAACCGGUGGAAAUACCACUAAACAGGAUACAGGUUUGCCUGGGCUGCGGGAGAUUAGCAGCUCUGUUAAUGUGACAGCUGACAAUUCUGCCAACGGGCCACUGCCAUGUACAAAAGAUAAUGUUGCACCGAGUUCAAACGACAAUCAGUGCAAUGACGGCCAACUAAUACACAUCUAUUUGUCAACAACCCCAAGUAACAGUAAUGAAGUCAGUGGGAUGUCUUGUACGGAAGAAAUCCCAACAGGCAAUGCAAACGGGGCAUAUCGAGCCGAAGCACAUCUAAAAACAGAAAAAGAUGAUUUAUGUGAGUACACUGCUCAUAUAACACAGGACAGUACAGCUGCAGAGAAAAUCAUGCAACAAUCUGAGAACACAAGGGAUUCUACACAUAUCACACGGGAAACGGCGGACAAAACAGACCAGGAGGAGGAUUUUAAAACUAUAAUGUUAGCCACCAAAUUAGGGGGAAAAGAAUUCCUUGAGAAAACCGAAGAUGACCUGGUGUCACCAGGAUCAACCAAAGAAUCAAAGAAAUCUCACAGUGUUACCUAUCAAGUGAUGGCCAGGGAGAAUAGUGGGUCGGACACUAGUGUCAAAAUGUCUGGGAAUCUGAAGGAGACAAAUAAAGUACAGCAGUCUGGAAAACUAAGCCCAUUGAAAAGAGGACCAGCAAAGAAUGCCAAUACACCAAGUAGAAGCUUUAGUCCUGUAAAGAGUCCCCACAACUCUAGUGUAAAAAAAGUUGAAACCAAGUCUUUAAAUCAGUUUAAUGCAAAAGAUAUUAAAAAAGCUCCUUCAAAAACAAAUCCACCCACUGCAGUCUCACCCAAAGGAAUCCAGAAGUCCUCUGGUUCUCUGUCAGCCAUUCCAAGCCCCAUCUCUCUCAAUAAGAGCAGCGCUGGAGAGAAAACCAUUAGCAAACUCUCUUUAGAAUGUAGCCCACCGCCUAAAGUAGUUUCCACUCCAAAAAAGAGGCAAGUUUAUGUGGCAGAGAAACCUGCCGAGAAACUCCAGGAGCCCGAUGUGGUCCGUCGCAGCAGCAGUGGGCGUAUCAUUAAAAGGAAACAGUUUGAUGAUGAGAUAACUGACGUGAACAGUGCCAAGAAGUCAAAAGGAAACAGUUUGAUGAUGAGAUAACUGACGUGAACAGUGCCAAGAAGUCAAAAGGAAA